GUGUUUUCGUGCUUUAAGCUCAAAAGUCAGUUGUAUUUCGGCGUGAUCUCAUCUUCCUCUUGAUAACACAAGAUAAGUUUCCACCUUACAUAAUUAAACAUACAUUUGUGUUCAUUAUGGACACACUACUUACCCAAUUGGAAAAAAUAGAAGUAGGUGAUCCGAACAAUAUUAUCAGGCUCAAAAACAAUAUCAAUAACAAGUCCAACGCUAACUGUAGCAGCUCAAUAAAUCCAAAUUUACUCAACGAUUUGGUAAAACGAGCCCAAACUUUUUUCAGUUUGAGUCUUUUUCGAAAAUGCUUACAAUGUUCGGAAACCGUGUUGGACAUAAUUCCUUCCGAUAUCGGUGUGGGACUAGAUCUAGAAAAUGUAAGACUGAGAGGUGUGGAUAUCAAAGGAAAAGCACUACUUGGUCUCGGCGAAUAUGAAGAAUGUCUCAUCUUUCUCGGUAGAGAAAGUAAAAUUCUCAAGAACUUGGGUCUAAAACUUCCUCCACCAAUGUCCCCCGUUUACACGAGACAUCUCCAGCACUGGAAAUACUUGAUGGAAAGGGGAAAGGUCCUGCAGAGGCAGAAGAUUCGUGGUGAAAUUGACAUGGGGGCGUUUAUUCCGAAUAAGAAAGUUCGCUUAGAGGUCGAUUCCGUGGUGGAGUAUGAAUCCGAAGCUGUGGAAAUUGGGGCUGUGAUACCAGGAAAAGGUCGUGGCGUCGUGGCAAGGCAGGAUAUCGCAAAGGGGACGAUCAUCUUGACGACGAGAGCAUUUGAAAUCAUAUUCGACACGGACGACGAGGAUGAUGACUUGGAGAAUGCGAUCGCUCAAAGGAUGCGUCUUGAUUCGAAACUUAUACCAACUGUGUAUCAACUUCAUGCCGGAAAAGAGAUGGGUUGUUUAUUCGCUUCGUAUAUUACAAACAGUGAAAAUCAUCAUAAAAGUAAAAAUAAUGAUAAUAAUGAUGGUACGACGAUGAAAAUUGACUUGAAAAGAAUUGAAAAAAUAUGCACUAUGAACUCGUUCGGAAACUCAAAAAACUCGAGUGGAUAUGGGCACAAUUCGAGAGGUUUGUGGGUCAGAGCAUCGUUUUUUAAUCAUGAUUGUAUCGCUUUUAAUGCAAUGUGGAAAGUCUUGGGGGACUUUUUGUUUGUGAGAACGACAAAAGAUGUGAAGAAAGGGGAAGAAGUAUUGAUCUCUUAUACUGACUCGGCAGAACCGUACGAAGAACGCGAAAAGUUCUUCCAAGCUCAUGAUUUCUCGUGUGCCUGUCGACUCUGCCAAUAUCAGGAAAAGGAGGACGUAAAAAUGAGGGGGCGAAGGCUCGAGAUUGUCAAAAAGUUGGUAGAAAUAGAUGAAAAAGACAGAAAAACCAUAUCUGCCGACGAUUUAGAGAAAGAUAUCGCCUUUGGAGAAAAAUGCUUGUCAGAAUUGGAAUCCAUGAUCGGAUCUCGGCCCGAGUGGAAUUUUAGCACUCACGUCGCUCUCGAUUUAUUAACCAAGCUGUACCUGCAGAAGGGGGAUGUCGCCAAGUAUAAAGAAACUGCAGUAAAGUAUUACAUCGUCGUGAACUGUUCCGGGAUGACAAAGGCGGAGAUAGACAAGUGUGAAUUGGAGGAUGUGGCAGACCGUGGGCCAUGUCUCGAAGUAGGAGCAGCAGGACAAGUUUGUGCCGUAUUUAUGAAAAGUGGGGAUUAUGUGGGGGCCCAGAAAUGGAUCAAGAUUUUAAGACAAGAUUUAGCCCUAAUGUACGGAAAGGGGAGUGAUAUUCUUAAGAAAUUGUAUCCUCAAUUGUAUGCUCAAGCCGUGAAGAAUGGGUUAUCUUUAGAUUAAGGGUACUUAUUUAGUAGUUUUUUAAAAUUAUUCUUUAUGCUAUCCUUUCUUUGAGGAGUGAUGAGGUGCAACUUCAAUAUCUUCGUAAUAAUCGUACUCUGCCCUCCUUUCCUUUUCGGUGGUACGUCUCGAGCGGCGCACCGUCCAGCUCAAUCUCUCUUUUGCUCCAGCGUCGUAAGGGACGACUUUAUGGGUCCGAUUGUCAGUGAAAGUCAUAACGUCCAUGGGACGAAAAUUACCAGCGAUAAAUUCUGUGUCUGAGAACUAUUUAUAAAUAAAUAAACACAGAAGGAAUUACUUGGUCUGGGCGAGUAUGAAUAAUCUAGUAUCUAUGUAUGUUUGCUUGUAUGAGGUUAGCCUUACCUGGGACGGGAUAAAGAGGAAUUUCCUCCACUAAAUAGUAAAUACACGCAAUAAAUAAUAAAAAUUUACUACACUAAA